GGAAACUGAUUAUACAGGACAUCUCCCGAUUAUGACAGUUAAACAACGCAAUCGACAAGCUAUAACUAGGCCCAAAAAGGUUUGUAAGAAAUGCCAACAAAGGGAAAAGGAGCUUGGAGCCGUCGAAAGCAAACUAGACAAAGUUGAAAAGUUAGUGGAUGAGCUGAAGAUGAGCGUAGAUGAUGUUCACGAAGAAGUCAAAGAAGAAGGGAGCAGUAACAAUAACGCAAUGUUUGCUGACUGGACAACAGAAAGUCUAAAUCAAUUUGUACAUAGAAUUAGCCAGGUGCUUGAAAGUAGCUCGGUAGACCGGAUUCACGAUAAUUCCCUGUAG